AUGAAAGUCAGAGAUGAUGCUGCCAGAAUGUUAGAGUCUGUGGAUGCAAAUCUUCCGCGAUUACAACCAGGAGCCGCGCUUCUAAACACGUCGGAAGGAGAAGCCCUUCUGACUUAUUUGAAAGACAUGUACAGUGACAUCGAGCGGCUUCGCACUGCCGAGAAGCAGAUGAAUGAACUUUCGCUGCAAUUGCGUCCGCUUUUGCAAGCGCAACAGGACAUACGCUUCUUUACUGUUGAUCAAGAAAAUACGGAGAAAAACUACGAGGAGAUCACGGAGAGAGUUGCUGCCGAGCUCACUGCCGAGGCACAGCUAAACCGCACUCUCGAAAUUCUCACCACUGAACUCAAUCAAUGCAGCGAAGAGUUGACAACCGCCGAUGGACUAAAAGAUCGCAUAGUAAGAUUCUUAUUUUUCCUCAUGAUG